GAAGAUUAAGCAUGGCACAAGGGCUUUUUGUCAAAGACUUUAUUGGUGAGAUACUUGCGAAAAGUUGGUGAUUUGUUCAUGUUUAAUCAAAGAGCAACACUUCCACUCAGGGAUGGCACGUCAGACUUCCAAGAUUUUGUUUUUCCUUCUUACUAUUUCAGUCAGUGUUUCUCUUUUUAUUCUGUCAAGGGAACAUUUACCACAAAUCAUCAGCUGGAAAGCCGUCUCAAAAAACCUGAGGUCCAGAGAAAAGGGCAGCUUGUUUGAUAACUAUGCUGUACUACAGCAAGAGAAAGGAAACUGGACUCCGCCGUCUGUUGUCUUUACCACAUCACACAAAGCAAAAUUUGCUGAUACAACCCAGAGGAGCUCAGAGACUAAACUAAAAAAUGAUCUAAUUACCACAUCUCCACAAACUGAGACUCCUAUUCCCAUCGUCUUCCAUAAAUCCUUCAAUAAGCUUCCUCAGUGGGAUUUUGAGGAUGUUUAUAAUGAGGAUGCCCCACCUAGACUGACGAAUUGUGCUCCGUCUCUGCGAAACUUGAAGGACGAGGCUUUCCAGAAGGAUUUUCUUCCCAACAUACGUUUGUUUCUGUACAAAGACAAUAUUGACAUGAGGGAGUGGAACCGACUGUCACAUUUUAACAGUCCUUUUGGUUUUAUGGAAUUGAAGUACGAUGAUGUAAUGGCUUCAGUGAAACUGAUUCCUAAACCAAAAGAGCCUCUGCUCCUUCCAAAACCAACUGGAAACGGCUGUGUGCACUGUGCUGUGGUGGGCACUGCAGGAAUCCUUAACGGAUCAAAACUAGGGGCUGAGAUUGACGCUCACGAUUAUGUGUUUCGGAUGAAUGGUGCAAUCAUCGAGGGUUUUGAGGAAGACAUUGGGAACAGAACAUCAGUGUAUGUUCACACGGCCCACUCCAUCACAGCCUCGCCUUUUUUUUUCCAGAAGUAUGGAUACACAUCAGUCCCACAUGAUGAGGGUAUAAAGUAUGUCCUGAUUCCUGAGGGGAUGAGCGAUUUCCAGUGGCUUGAAGGUCUUCUCAAAGGAGAAAGAAUCUCUGCUGGCAAAUACGCCAACAAAGAGCCCAGGACCUACUAUUCAGGGCAGUACAAUGAGAGUCGAUUUUAUGUUUUACACCAGGACUUCCUCCGAUAUGUACGAAACAGAUUUUUAAGGUCAAGUAAUCUGAAUACUACAUACUGGCCGAUUGUUCGACCAACCAAUGGAGCAUUUACUCUCUUCCUGGCUUUGCACACAUGUGACAUAGUGAGCGCCUAUGGAUUCAUAACUGAAGACUAUAAUAAAUACUCCAACUAUUAUUUUCAAAAGCGCAUUAAAAGCGAUUUAAUUUUCUACAUCAACCAUGACUAUAAUUUGGAGAAGGAUUUGUGGAAGAGCUUACAUGACAGAAAAAUAAUUAAUCUAUAUCAAAGAACUGGACCACAGGAAGAGACAGAGAAGCUUAAGGAAAGCUGGUAUUCUACGUGACAUCUGCUGGAAAGAUGCAAAGUUAAACCUGCCAAAAAAUGUCUUCUGCUGUCCCACAUUUAUGUCAGGCAUGACUAAUGUCCAAUGGAGAACAUAGUGCAAGAAGAUUUAAUUAAAAAUGAGGACACUAUAUUUUCUUUGUUUUUUGUUAUAUUAAGUAUAAUGUAUUGGGGGGGGUUUGUUGUUUUUUUUUUGUUUUUUUUUUAUUUUGUUCAAUGAAUCACUAAGGGGCAAUAUCCCCCUCAGCUGGGAGUCAGAUUAUUUUAGUUAUAUGGCAACUGUUGUACAUUUAUACAUAGUAAUCUAAAUAAAUUAGCUUUUUGGUAAUAUUUCAGUUCAGAUGAUAUUUAAAACACUGUUUCUGCCAUUCAAAUUUGUCCUUUGUAAGACUGAAGUGGAAAACAUCUAAUAGCGGCUGUUAUGGCCCCAAGCCUUGGCCUUGAAUUUGUAUGUACAUUUUGUGUUUGGUUGCAACCAGGUGAUUGGCAGACUGUUUGAAUUUCUUCAGCAAUUGCCAGGCUGCAUCAUUGUUCGUCUGUGAUUGGCUGGAUCCUUGGCACCCACCUGGCUGUGCCAUUACCAGUCUGCGAUUGGUUUACUCUGUCAUCACCUGUCUGCGAUUGGCCCAGUCACCUGAUGUCCAACUACUUAAGAUGGCUGCUGACUGUCAUUCAGGGUAGCUGCAAUUACCCACACAGCUUUUAAUUAGGUGUUGUAGUGUGUUUUGGGUGGACUGUGGUUAGAUUGACUUGUUUUGAAGUGGCAUGUCUCAACAAGGUAAAGAGGUCGUCUUGUAACCAGAGGGUUGCCGGUUCAAUCCUCGGCCAAGUCGAGUUCAUGUUAAGGUGUCCUUGGGCAAGACACUGAAUCCCUAAUUACUCCUGAUGGGAUGUGGUUGAGCGCCUUGCAUGGCAGCUUUCGCCAUCAGUGUGUGAACGGGUGAAUGUGAUGUAUGCGCUAUGGGUAUCAUCCCAGGUACAGUAAAGCACUUAAUAAAUACAGACCAUUUACCAUCUCUUUUUGCUUCUUGAGUUAUAUUGUGGUCUUUAGUUUAAUUUUGGUUAAUCUUGAAAACCCUUGGUUGUAGUUGUUUGCUUUGAGUUCCGUUGUGUAUUGCUUUCAGAACUGUUCAUUUAUCUUUAGUCCUUAGUGUUUUGACUGUAAAAUAAACCUUAAUAAACCUUUUACUUAAACUAUUUAAUUUCUUGUCCUUAAUGUUGGCAGCCCCUUUCCCUUACCAGAGCCGUCCAUCUGCAGCCUCCUUAGUUUUUUCGGUUU